UUUUGAGACAAAAAUUGUCUCUUCACCCUCUCUCCUCUCAUUAGUUCGUCCAAGCCAACCCAAAGAAGAAGAAACCUCUGCAAAACUUCAUUCUCCAUAGUCAUGAACCGAGCUCAAGGUUGAAGAAGUCUCAAAGGAGAAGAAAAGCUUGGAAAAGAAGAGAAAAACUUAAAAAAAAUCAAGGAAUCUAGGAGUGGCCGUAAAGUCGCCAGAGCCGCCGGAGUUUUCGCCGGAAAAUUCAAAAGUCGCCGGAGUUCAAACAAAGAAUAUAAGCUUGCUAGCGUCAUUUCAAGGUUGAAGCUAGGGCUUGCUACCUGCACCUUUCUACGGGUGACAUCAAGUCAAGGAAGACGUGAAAUGGAGGGCAGGCGAAUGGGGACCAGGAACAAUCCGAGGGGGCAGGCGCCGAUAGCAUCCCAACGGGGAAGCCGAGCUGCAUCUCGGGGUUCGAGAGGAGGCCGUGGAGGCCGUGGAAGCCGUGGAGGUCAUCAAGCUCAAACUGUGAGUGAUGGCCAUGUAAGCUCGGUGUAUGAAACCAACACCGAGGACUAUGACUCAACCUACGUUCCAGAAACGGAGCAUGAGGAGACCCCGUAUGAUGGGGGGGAUACAUACACCGAUGAUGACGAUGAGAGUGACGCCCGGUUCGCCCAAAUGGGUGAAUUACUUGAGUGGUAUCAAAAAGAGAAACUGAGGAGAGACCUUAGGCGCCAAGCGAGGCGUGGCUCUCGGGGAGGUUCGGGUCAAGGAAGCCGGGGAGCUUCCGUGGCCACCCCAGCGGCGUCACAAGGUGGGCGUGAAGGAGGUUUUGUUGUGAGAAUCUCCAAGUACCUCAAGGAGGCUAGGGCCUUGGGGUGUAGGUCCUUUGACGGCACCGGUGACAUUACCAUUGCCGCCGAUUGGAUUAAGAAGGUGAAGGAUGCAUCAAGGGACAUGCAAAUCACACCGGACGUGAAGUUGACUGUCGCUUCACGGCUACUUGAAGGGAUAGCUUCUACGUGGUGGGAGAGCGUGGAAGGGAAGUACCAUGGGGAAAUAACAUGGGCGGACUUUGAGCUAGAGUUCUAUGCUCAAUACUACUCCGAGUACGAGGUGAAUGUGAAACGGAGAGAGUACACUAACCUUAAACAGAAAGAGGGCGGCACAGUUAAGCAGCUGGAACAAGAGUUUAGAACCUUGGCUAGGUUCUUACCAGAGUACGCGGUUGAUGAGAACCGUAUGACGGAGCACUUUUGGGAUGCCUUACUCUUAGACAUCCGCGAUCGGGCUACGUACUCGCGCCACAUGACCUUUAGCGAGGUGGUGGAGCAGGGCCUUCUUGGGGAGGCCCAAUGGAAUGAAAGAAAAGAGAGGGACGCCGAAGAGGCGAAAAAGAGGAAAUGGCAUGGUUCGGGGCCGCCCGAGCAGGCACGGAGGGAUAAACACGGCGGAGGUGGGGGUUCGUUCAAAACACCGGCACCACCGGCAAAGAAGAACAGGGAUGCUCGGUGGCAUGCAUCCUCCUCCCAAAAGACGGGACCCCCUAGGUGUGCUAAUUGUUCGAAAAAUCACUUUGGGAAAUGCAACGCACCCCCGAGGUGUUAUCAAUGUGGGAACACGGGCCACAUGAAGGGCAAUUGCCCACAACUAGGGGGAGGAGGAGCUCCGGGAUCCGGAGGAGGAACCACGACGGGAAGGAACCGUGCGGGGCCGUCAAACGGCGGCACGGGAAGAGGCGGCGCAUCCACAAGCCAUGCCGCAUCCGUCAACCAAGGUGGGACCCAAGCCCGAGUGUACUCGAUGACCGAGGCGGAUGCGAGAGCAAACCCGGACUCCGUUGCAGGUUGAAGCUAGGGCUUGCUACCUGCACCUUUCUACGGGUGACAUCAAGUCAAGGAAGACGUGGUUCGUGCUUCCUCAUUUCCUUUCAAAUUACUAAACAUUGCUCAUGGAUAUUUUUAUUUGUUAUAAACUACUUUUGGGGCUUGCAUGCCCAUGUUGUUGGCCGGUUGUGGCUAAUGACUUACCACUGAAUAUUUCCGCUAUUCAUUGGUUUAAAUGUGAUGUUGUUAUGUAUGUUUACUACUGAGUAUGGAUGGAUUGUUUUCUCAAACGCCUUGUGUAAUUAAGUGAGGUUGACUCGCGGGUGACGUCACUCAAUUAUACGGCGGUUGUACACGUGCUUGGAUCGCGGUCUGGGGCGUGACAUUGAUAGCUUCCGUUGGGUACCAACUUUAAAAUUAUAUUUGACCUAUAGUUGACCGAGGGUUAUCACGACUAAGGUCGGUAAUGUAAUUGUUAAGUUUAAAUGUCUCGAUUAGUAAUUCGAGUUCUGGCGGGACCCGACACUAGUUGUAUGAGCAUGACUUGGACCCGGAGCGGUCCAUUCAUGGUUUGGGUUAGACGGGAAGCCUUGAUAAAGGUUAGCCCUAAGUGGAUUUGAGUAUGACGAUACAAGCUAUUUUGCUAAAGAACUUGCACGGGAAGAUAAGGUAACAAGGGCAAGUAUAGUCCUUGAGGUGUGUUUAACCUCAAGUAAAGUACACAUAGGUAACAAGGGCAAGUGUAGUCCUUGAGGUGUGUUUAACCUCCAGUAAAGUACACAUAGGUAACAAGGACAAGUGUAAUCCUUGAAGUGUGUUUAACCUCUAGUAAUGUACACAUAGGUAACAAGGGCAAGUGUAGUCCUUGAGGUGUGUUUAACCUCCAGUAA